AAUAAAUGCAGUUACCAACCUUUAGGCCAACUUCAUCUACUUCGGUGUCUGUGUUUGUGCAGUUAUGCUCGUCACUGUGCCUCUGUGGGGACCAAUGAGAACAUAUUGACCACAAGCGGUCAAAAUUACAAUGGGCGCAAGUUUAUUGGCUUUAAAGCAGAUUUAAUGCCUUUAUUUUGAAGUCCACUUCCUGUGUGCGUGUGCGCGUGUUCUGAGGUGUGGUCUGUCCACUGCAGUAGCAGCGGAGCGGCCCUGCUCGUCCUGAGGCCAGAGUCCGAAACUAGUGUCCAGCACGCGAAGCCGUUUGUGCGUGUGAUCGUUUGCUGUGGAUUUUUUAGAUCCUUACAGUCGCGUCCGCUGCAAUGGUUCUAAACAUCAACGUGGAGGUGGAGCCGGAACGUGGUUGCUGUAAAACACACUGAGCGUCAGCUGUAAACGUUGUGUGUCUCUCACACACACACACGCAUGCGCACACACACACAGCAUGCACGCACACACACACAGCAUGCACGCACACGCACACACACACACAAACACACGCAUGCACAUGCGCGCAGGCGCGCACACAGAAACGCACACACACAGCAUGCACACGCGCACACGCACGCAUACACAUACAAACACGCGCACGCACACACACACACACAGCAACGUUGUUUCCUCUGUUUCACUUGUACUUGUCACCAUAGAAACACAACAGUAGUUUCACACCUUCAGUCACAUCCUGUGGCCACAAAGUGGUUAAACACCACCACAGCCCAGGAACCACACCCACAGCACACGCGGGUCUGGGCUCAGCUGGGUCGACCUGCACACGGAGCUGCUAGCAGGCCAGCGGACGCGUGAAGCAGUGACUCAUGGGCGACGCACUGCUCCCUCAGUGUCAGCAUGGACGCGAGGGCGCUCGGCAGCGCGCUGUGUCUGGUGGCGUCUCUUCUAGCAGGUCUCGGUUCCGGCGACGACGGCUGGUCCAUGAAGGUGCAGCCCGAGGUCCGAGCCGCCGAGGGCUACCCCGCGGUGCUGCCCUGCACCUUCAGCCACCCCCAGCACUCCCAGCACUCGUCCCUGCAGGUGCUGUGGCGCCUGGGCCACGGACAGGGCUCCACCAUCUUAUACCGCUGCACCAGCCGGGCUGGGGCCCCGACCUGCGAGCCGGGCCCCCAGCAGGACCAGCGGUACCGCUUGGAGGGCAACCCGAGAGAGCACGACCUGUCUUUGCGCAUCAACGGCGCCUCCCUGCAGGACAGUGGCCGCUACUACUGCAGGGUGGAGGUUCAGGGGAAAGAACACGUCAGCUUCGAGGACAAGAUGGGAACCAGGCUGAGAGUGGAGGCUCCUCCAAAGAUCCUGGCUCUGUCAGUAGAGGGCACCGAACAGUCUGGGUACCGGGCUCUGUGUCGGGUCCAGGGAGCUCCACUGCCAGACGUGCAGUGGCUCGGCCCAGAUGACCUGCUGGAGGACGGGUCGCCGGUGGGUCCGCUGGCUCAAGGCUCCUCAGCUCAUUACCACACUGUCAGCCAGCUCAGAGACGUGGAGCCGGGUCAGCGCUACACCUGCAGCACCUCCAACCCUCUGGGCAAAGAGCAGGCGACGCUGUACGUGGUGGCACCCCGACCGGCACCGGCCGGGUCCGGGUCCGAGACGCCCACCGUGCUGCUGCUGCUGCUGUCUGUGUCUGUGGGGGCAAAGGUGGUGCUGCUGGUGGGGACAGGGCUGUGGGUGGUGCAGGGUAUCGACUGCUGGAAGGAACCAGCUACCGGACGGUAACUGGACCAUUUAUGAUCCGCUUCAGCCUCCGCAUCGUCUUUAAGUCCAAUCAGCUGAUCAAAUUGUGUGGAUUUGUCCCCAGCUUCGCUUUUUCCAGGGUGACCUAGUUCGGUGGCUGCCAUUAGAAUAGAGGAACACCAGAACCUGAAAUAGUUUGUUUCACAGUGACUCAGUGAGAAUCAGCAUGUGAUUAGUCACGCUUCAACAAAACACAGACCCACAGUUUAGUUCCAGUAGCUUUAAUGGUUCAGACACCAACAUCCUUCUACUCUAAUGUUCCACCAUUGGUCUCCUGCAAACAUGUUUCUAUGCAACUAACGUCAAACACAGUCUGUCUCAAUUAGGCCAGUUGUUGUUCAGAACCUCAGUGGUUCUGUGGGCCCAACCCACUAAAAGCUGCAGAUCAGAGAUUUCUCUGCUGCCUGUGAAUUUCUGCCAUAAUGAACUUCUGUUUGUUCCAAUUCUAAGCAUUUCAAUAAACUAAUCUCAGUUUAAGCUCA